AUGGCGCCGUUGCCGGGGAUUGGUUUUCGAUUGACAAUUCUCAAAUUGGUUGAACAUAAGGCAUGCCACCUCCCUGUGGAGCUUGAACAUAAGGCCUUUUGGGCAACCAAACUUUUGAAUUUAGAUGCUCAAGCAGCAGGAGAGAAGAGGCUGCUACAACUCAAUGAACUUGAGGAGUUCAGAUUGGAGGCAUAUGACAAUGCCAAAAUAUACAAAGAGAGAGCAAAGAGAUGGCAUGAUAAGAGGAUCUCUCAAAGAACAUUCGAACCGGGCCAAAAGGUGUUGUUAUUCAACUCAACAUUGAAGAUCUUCCCUGGGAAGCUGAGGUCUAGAUGGACUGGUCCAUACACCAUCACCAAAGUAUCACCUCACGGCUAUGUUGAAUUACUUGAUGAAGCCUCAAAACAAACCUUCACAGCUAAUGGACAUAGGGUGAAGCACUAUUUUGGUGGCCCCUGGAGCAAGGAAGAGAGUGUGCAACUCUUAACAUGA